AGACGGGGGACCAGUCUAAUGUACGACACGAGUGAUCAUUCAUGUUGUCGAUCGAAUGGCUAGCAACAUCAUCGUUGAAUCUCACGACAUGUUAAGGUAACACUGUAAGAAAUGGCAGGUCCUGAUGUGGGACCAGUGCUCAAUAUAGACAACUGGCAUUACAGAGCUGAAGGAAGCAGUUCGUUUGUCAUCUUUAACCCAAAGAUUAGAAGGAUACUGAAAUUGAGGAAGACGGAUGCCAGAGACUCCUCUCAAAAGGUUUGCGAUGAAGAUUGGACCCUCUGCCAUGAUUAUGUCAAGACAUUGAUCCAGCCAAUACUGGGGUCAAAGUUCAUCUGCCUCCCAAAAAUGAUCCCAACCACAAGAAAAUUCCUUGAGGCCGCCAUCCAGAGGUUUGGGCAUCAGCGCCCCGAGAAACGUCGCGGUUCCCAGAUCGAUGUCAACAAGUCAUACGUUCUCAGCUUUCCAGAUUUCUGCUUCUUGCCAAGUCCAGAGAAAACGUCUGAUAAUCCCACAUUUAGUAUUGAAAUAAAGCCGAAGAAAGGUUUUCUUCCCGUUUCUCACCAUAUUCCAGAUGAUCUUGCCAUUAAGUAUUCAGUCUGCCGUGUGUGUCUGCAUCAACACCAUAAGGUCCAGAAUGGUGUGUGGGAGCAUCAUAGUCAAUACUGUCCACUGGAUCUCUUUUCUUGUGACCCACCUCGUAUGAAAUACUGCCUCAAUAUGCUACUUAGAAACCCCCAGAAUAAUUUCAGAAUUUGUAAGGACGGUGUUCUAAUUUAUCAGGUCUUUGAGAAAUCAACGCCAUCACUGCAGGAGCAGCAGGAUUUGGUGAAUCAGUUGAAGCCCUACUUUGGGGAUGGCACCUCGACUGAGAUGAUUGAAGAAAACCCUCUUGAAAGCUCAUGUGUACAGGCCUUUCUGGAUGUAUUAAUCAGGACCUUAUUAUCAAACAAUGUGCAAAACGGCAUCACACACCAUGUUUCGUCCAGGCCGAGCCUAGGUGCACAAUUCUGCAAGGAAAGUGGCUAUAAGACUAAAGACUCGUUUCAGACCAGUGUGAAAGCUGAGGGGAUUGAAAACUGCAUUCUUCAGAGACUGCUCGCUGCCCAGUCACUGUCCGUCUUAGAGAUUGAUGAAAUCUACCCACUGUAUCUAAAAGUCUUAAAGUACUUGGAGGAGCAUCCCGAAGACAGUCAUAAUUACAUUCUAGAUUUCCCGUACGGAGGAACCUUCAACUACGCUGAUGGCGUACAUCUUGGCAUCAGCAAUAACGGGUCCAACGGGAAGAAACUGGACUUGUCUAACGUCUCAAUCAAAGAUGCCGUGCAGUUGAUUCGAGAGUUUCUCAUCACACGUACUGUGAAAGAUUGUUCCAUCAUGGUGGCAGCCCAGCUAGUAGAUGAAAACUAUGACGGUGGGGCGCUUUGUAUGCCUAACGGAAAGUCGUAUUUGCACUCAGCCGUGGUGAUUGAUCUCGAUCCCAAACCAUCGAGUAGAAUACCCACCUAUGAGAGGACGGACAGGAAGAUUGCCCAGGAGUACCUCAGUCACAGUAUGGAGAAGACGGGAAAGUAGUAGCAGCGGUAAUGUGGAUUCUAGGCUUUCCAUUGUACAGGGGUGUGAUUUAUCACCUUUUUUUUUUCACUGGAAAAUACGCUUUUUAUCCGCCACCCCCCCCCAAAAAAAAGAAAAAAAAAAAGAAAAAAAAAGAUAAAGAUAAAUGUAUUUAAGCAGGCUUCACGCUCGCAAGCUUUUACGCUCACAGUAAAAAAGAAUUCCUUCAACCUAUUCGUAGCGCUCUUGCAUGCCUUAAAUUUUAUCUUUCAGAGGGCAAGGCCAUUUUAAUUUUUCUGAGGGCAUUUCAAGUCUUUGGGAAGCUUUUGAAGGUGGAGACCUAAACCAGGGCCUCCUCGUUAUUCCAGGCCUAGUCUUGAGCAAGCUUUUGUGCAAGUACAAAAGGAAAACGGAUGACGAAUAUUAGGCAGCCCGGAGCUAGCGUAAAAACAGCCCAGAGCUAGCUUUAAAUGUUGUUAGUGCACCGGUGACUGUUACCCUAAGUAAGUAAUAGUGUAAGAUACCCGACAUGUGAGAUAUUUUUGUGCGGAUAUCCACAAUUUGUAUUUUCCUAUUGUUCGGUUUUCUGGUGGGCUCCGUUUUUUUCUUAGGCUGCAGCAUGAACACUAGACUUUAAUUAUGAGUAAACAUGGGAGACUAGUGCAACUAGUGUUGAAGUCGCGACUAUUGAUUGCUUAGUCGAGUCGCAACUACUCGAUUAAUUGUGCUGUCACCACUACUACAGUGUGUUAGAUUUACUAAUAUUUUAAACUCUUUAGUUUUAUAAAUAUCCUUUUGUUUUGUAUUUAUAUAUAUAUAUAUAAAUAGUGUUGCGUUGCAAUGAAGUCAAACUUGUACCCAUGGUUUGUGGCAUGUUUAAAACACAAACUCAAUUGAUCGUGUACACCACUGGUAAACAUGUUGCAUGUGCUGUGAGCCUUAUCCCAUCCGACAAGAAACAAUCCUACUGUUUUGACUUUUGAGACACUCCCUAAACACAGAGACACGAUCAUUGCGAUGGUGAUGUCAAAUGCAGUGGGUCAAUCGUGCAGUCAUUACAAUCUGGAGAGUCAAGGAGCCAACUUUGAUAAAGCAUUUAACCUUUUUGAGGCAUGGUGGACACUAUAGGAGUGCCCCAUGUGAUUCUGGUUUAUACAGACAAAUUUACCCAAAUCUAAAUAGUACUGUCGUAGCAUUGUGUGCACUAUAUCUCAAAAAGGCUCAUAACAUUUCUUCGCAAGACAAUUUGUCAGUAUUACCAUAGUAAUUGGUUUUGUGACAUCACACUUUACCUAGCAACUACGAUUGAAUUGCAAUGAAGUCAAUCUUGGCUCUUUGUCAAACCGGCCGGGCCAUUUUCAUUUUAAAUCCCAAACAAAACGUUUUUUAAAGUGGACACUCCAAAUGGGGAUGCAAAAUAAUUAAUACAAAAAAAGAUCCUCCAUCAAUUCUUAGAGAUAGGUGGACAAGAAACUAAUAAUAAACUGUCUUUGGCCUCUGUUGGGAUACAGACAUUAACUUUACCAAUGGUGGCCUCAUUCAUUUGAAUAUUUGUACUCAAUUUACACAUACACAAUAUAGUGUCUAAAAUGUGUACACUUUUGUAUUGAAACCUUAUACUAUUAUUAUACUAAUUUUAUUUGUAAAAUACACUUUUUAUUUUUAUUCUAUUAAAAUUUUUGUCAUAUUUCCCUUAUACUGAAAUUAGAAUUUUGUUUAUUAAAACGAAAUAAUCCACGCCAAUUUCAAGUGAGCUGACAGUUCACUAUUAAAGCAGAACUUAAGUUUGCUUAGAGGAAAAAAAGUUAAUCAGAUAAAGUUACCAUUUUAACGGCAUCAUUUUGUUGGUUAAAUUCUCUGCCAAAUUUUACUUGGCAGAGCAAAGGUUUUUUAAAACCUUUUUUUAUUUAUUGCAAGGGGGACAAAACACAGUACAAACCUUUAUCACGGUGUGGCCAUUUUGAUUUUACUCAAUUCCAACUCAUUGUAACCAAA